CACUCGUCUGCUCACGCCUGCUUUGGCGCCCGCGCGCUCGACAACACCACCAAAUCAGACCUUCUCGAUUGCGCGCCCAGCAUGCCUCGUCGGCAGUACAUCGCCGACCUGAAGAAGGCCCAGACAGGCGUGUCGAUCGCCGGCAUUUCCAAUGUUCAGACUGGAGGCGAUGACGGAGAGUUUACCUUCCUUUGCUUGGCCGACGGCAAACAGUACGAAUUCUCAGCACUUAUUCCCGACGUCUCCGAAUAUCCUUCAAGUCACAUGUACAUGUUGAUCGCCCCUGACGACGCUCCUGGGCCAGUUGCGAACGCUCUCUCCGGCAUCGCAGAGUCGGCGUUUGGCAAAUCCGUUGAGCAACUACUGGAGCUUACAUCGCGGAAGCUCGAAUCUACAGACGAUGACGGUGACCACCAAAUGUUAAACUCGCAAGACGUUGGUACGGCAGAAGAGGAUUCCGAUGACGACGACGUGGACGACUUCUUUCCCGAUGACGAUGAGAUUCAGAAGCCUUUCUCCAUGCAGGCCCAUCUUGCGUCCACACAGGACCAUAUGGAAUCAUCCUCCAGGUUUCGAUCCCGCAUUCGAUCUGAUCUUCUGAGCGCCAGGGUAGCCGGUUUCAAAGUAGGCCACCAGGGUGCGCUACUAGAGGGUGGUGCGUGUUAUGUGUCCAUCUCCUGCCGUAUAGCAAAGCUAGGCAUAUCCGAAGAGGCCAUGCAAGCUUGGCAGGUGCAGCCGCAAGAAUACCUCGUCGUCGUCAUUGCUUAUCCCAAUGGCUACAAGAAUAUGUCCGACAUGGAGGGCUAUGAUGUGGCUGCUGCUCGUCGUCAUUUCGGUGUCAAAAUCGGGAUCAGCAACACGUACAAGCCAACCUUGCAGGAGGCUGUCCAGGCUUUCACCAAGCUCAGUAAAGAGGAAGAAAUGAAACGCGAGAAAGAGCUAGAGGGAGAUCAAAAUGGCGCAUCUCAAUCCCAAGGCGCGGCAAUGCACAAGGGUUUCCGGAACUCCUUCAUCUCCCGUCCGCUCCAUGACCUCUUGGAAAAUAGGUUCCCCCAGCUGCUCAAGUUUCGAUAUAACGGCAUGUCAUGGAACGGCGCUGAGGAGUUCUAUCACGACUCCCUCGGCUCUCACAAGUCUUCCGAUUUGGGCUUAGAAGACAAGUACAUGACUGCCGAAGCGGUCAGCACGGCUUAUCCCGCAAUCGUUACAGCGGAUCAUAUCGCUGAUUCAUGGACUGGUGGAGAGCACUCACUUCCAUUAGUGUGUAUGCAAUUCGUUCUGCGCCACUUUGUGCGCUGUACAGAGUUCUGUCUCAUCUGCUUCCGCAAAAUGCCAGAUGACUUGCAGGCUAUCAAGCCAUACGUAUGUGAGCAGCCGCUCUGCCUAUAUCAGUACAUGUCACUUGGUUUCGGGCCUAGUAUCGAACACGAGAUUCUAUCACAACCUAAGGUCGUUGAUCUGCUUAUUAGCUUCUGCUAUACAAGCGCGCUAUCCAACAAGCUAAACGACUUUCCCACCGGGUUGAGCCUCAUGGUCCCUCCAUCAUCCGCCUAUGAGGGCGACUACACAAGCGCCCAGCAGUACACGUACAACACGUAUCCACAGAAUCAGACUCAUCUGGCAUCGCAGGCAGCUGCAACAGGUGGUGCAGAUGUGAAGCCAGAAACUUUAAAAUUCAACGCUGCAACGAAAGAAAUCAUGUUUGACGCACCGGAAGUGAAAUGUCCCUUCAGGGCAGGCGACUGGCUUGUCAUCCGUCUAAACAACGAUAAGGCCAAAGCACUGCACUGCCGUGUAACCGAGACAUAUUUCUACCCAACCAUCAAAGUUGCUGAGCCCAUUGUGCCGACCACUUCACAAUUCACAGGCCAGGAGAAUGGCUUCCCGACGAAGAAGCCCACAACUCCCGCACCAGCACCUCAGGUCGAGCAGGCAGAGAACGUUUUCAGGCAGGCGUCUUUCUACAUGUACGAUCAAAACUUUGACUCACUUUCAGUGACCCACAAGCGCGAGGGUAUAUAUGCCUUGCUCGAUCUAUUGCCUAGUGUCGAUGACAUGAGGAAAUAUCUCCAGCGCAAGAAACAGUCAACGCUGAGUUCUUGGGUGGAUCGGUUGUCUCCUGCAGCUCUUGGCGUGCUGCGUUGGAUCAUAGCCUCCAAUAGAGCUUGCAUUAUGCAAGUGGAGGAUCCUAAUGCAUCGGGUGUUGGGAGUCAAGAGCGUCUCUGUGGUAUGUCCGGCUGGACACAGUUCCGCUUUGCGAUGGGUGCUCCGGACAAAGAGCGCCGCUUCGUGCAGGCUGUUCGGGACACAUCUCAUCGACUGGCCCUCGAGCAUGACACAUUGUUCGCUUGGCAUGGCAGCCCCCUCCACAACUGGCAUAGCAUCAUCCGCGAAGGUCUACACUUCAAAGAUACCGCUCAUGGCCGAGCAUACGGACACGGUGUUUACCACUCUCUCGACGUCAACACGAGCUUAGGCUAUUCUAACGUCUAUGGAGGGAUGUCCGGCAGCGGAUGGCCCAUGAGCGACCUGCGUGUCUCCCAGGCCUUGGCCUUGAAUGAAAUCGUCAAUGCUCCUAAGGAGUUUGUGAGCUCGAACCCUCAUCUUGUUGUUGCCCAAUUGGACUGGAUCCAGACUCGGUAUCUCUUCGUUCAGACGCGGAAUCCGGACUAUGCCAUUCCAUCUGCACUGAAAAAGGCCACCAAAGAGGUGGUCCCGACGAGUCCGAUACCACAAGACAGCUCGUACACCCCUCGCGGUGUGUCUGGCCAAUUGGUCAUCCCACGAUCCGCUAUUCCGAGCCACCGUGGGCAGGGGGCUCGCACAGCUGAUCAGUCUGCUAAGCGUCGCAAGACUGCGACCGGUGCAGGCUUCGCCGAUCCGAUCGAGCUCGACGCAGACGAUGAUGGAGCUAGUGUAGCUACGUUGGAAGAGGAUCGGUUGAUCUUCAACGAGGAUGCUCUCACACCUCAGCAGGAAACCCUCCACGCGGGUAUCAUCACGCCAACUCCUUCAAAGGGGAAGGGAAAGGUUACCUCAGGCUUCUUCUCUAGGAUGAUCGGCACAAAAUCAUCUCCCCCGCCACCUAUCAAAGUCUUGACUGACUAUGUACCGGGCAAACUCGACUAUAGUCUCCUACAGAUGCUUGCGCGACCAGCCUGGGCCACGCCAUCAGCUACUCGUCGUCUGAUGCAAGAUUUCAAAGCGGUCAUUGCUAUUCAAAAUAGGACACCACUUCAUGAGUUAGGUUGGCACAUUGACGAAGAGAAGAUGGAGAAUAUGUACCAGUGGAUUGUAGAGCUGCAUUCUUUCGACCCAGAGCUUCCGCUAGCGCAGGAUAUGAAGAAGAGGGGAAUCACAAGCGUUGUGCUAGAGAUGCGAUUCGGGAAAGACUACCCAAUGUCUCCACCGUUCGUCCGUGUCAUCAAGCCACGCUUUUUGGGCUUCAAUCAGGGUGGAGGUGGUCAUGUUACUGCAGGUGGUGCUCUUUGUAUGGAGCUUCUCACGAAUAAUGGCUGGAGCGCGGUGUCUACGAUCGAAUCAGUCCUGCUACAGGUACGCAUGGCCAUGAGCUCUGUCGAUCCCAAACCUGCACGUCUCGAGAACGCCAGCCGUACAGACUACGGUGUUGGCGAAGCCAUGGAUGCGUAUAUUCGCGCCUGCACCGCGCACGGCUGGAAAGUGCCAGAUGGUUUUAGGGAGAUGGCCUUGGGUGGCGCUGUGCCAGGAUCCAUGUACUUCUAGCCUCAUGUCCUUCCUUCCUGAGUUUUCUGUCUGAGCUGCUCUAUCCAAUGAUCACGGAGCAAUGACCUUUAAGGGCGCAAAACUUUUGCAGAGAAGCCCUACCAUGAGGGGUUUUUGGUGUCGACGGGUUCGAACAUAGCAUUAUCACGGCGCGUUGGUGGUCAAGGGCAACCUCCACACUUUUCAAGACGAUA